UCUAGGGUUCAUCUUUUAUCAUAGAGAGAGAAUCGAGGAAAUGACCGGUUGAUUGAUCGGAGCUUGCUCGGAUUCUGAUUCUUCCGUCCGAUCGUCAUUCCCGGCGCCGGAUUUGAGUGCAUUCCAUUAGUCAUCUCCCUUUUCAAAAGUAUCUUUAUCUUUCAAGUCCAGACCAUCUGAAUUUCUGGUACUUUUGAGGACUCAUGGGGAGCAGUUCAGAAGAAGAGUCUGAUUUGAGCGAAUCUGAGAUUGUCGAGUAUAAGAAGAAACCACUGGAUGAAUUGAGAUCAGGGAAAUACAAAGUGAAACAUCCACAUGGAUUAAGGUGUCCAUAUUGUGUUGGAAAAAAGAAACAAGAUUAUAAGUAUAAGGAUCUUCUUCAACAUGCAACUGGUGCUGGAAAAGCUAAUGCAAGAGGAAAUGCAAAACAGAAGGCAAAUCACCUUGCACUGGCUGAGUAUUUGGAGACUGAUUUAGCACAUGAAGCUGAGCAGCUGCCUGUGCGAGAUAUUGAACCUCCAAUGGAAGAAACUGAGAAAUUGGAGCACAAUGAUCUCUACUGUUGGCCUUGGACUGGUAUAAUUGUCAAUAUUGAUAAUGAGUCGAAAUCCGAUAAGUAUUGGAUGGCUGAAUUCUCCAAGUAUAAACCCACAGAUGUUCAAGUUUUAUGGGAUGACCAGUUUCAAACAACGCAAGCAGUAGUGAAGUUUGAUAAUGACUGGAGUGGUUUCAAGAAUGCAGUGGAGUUUGAGAAAUGGUUUGAGGCUAGGCGUCGCAGCAAGAAAGAGUGGAAGGCACGAGAAGGAAUCGACAAGACUUUCUAUGGAUGGCUUGCUCGUGCAGAUGAUUUUGAUUCAGUUGGGCCAAUUGGGAAUUAUCUUCGGAAAAAUGGGGAGCUGCAGACAAUUUCCAAUCUUGUUCAGGAAGCGUCAAUGGAUAAAAAGAAAAUAGUGGCAAACCUGACCAAUGAGAUCGAUAUUAAAAAUCAAAAUCUUGAUGAGUUACAGUCACAGUACAACGAGAAGACAAUGUCCUUGCGUAGGAUGCUUGAAGAGAAGGAUAUGUUGCACGUGGCAUAUGCCGAAGAAACAAAAAAGAUGCAACGACUUGCACGAGAACAUGUCAGAAGUAUUUUAGAUGAACAAGAGAAGAUGAACUAUGAGUUGGAAGUUAAAAGAAAGGAUCUUGAUGCAUGGAACAGACAAUUGAACAAGCGUGAAGCAUUGACUGAACGUGAAAGGCAAAAACUUGACGAGGAGAAGCAAAUGAGUACAACAAGAAAUACUUCGCUUGAAAUGGCAUCUAUGGAGCAAAGGAAGGCUGAUGAGAAUGUCUUGAGAUUAGUUGAAGAGCAAAAGAAAGAAAAACAAGAAGCCCUGAACAAGGUCCUUCAGUUGGAAAGGCAGCUAGAUGCAAAGCAGAAGCUAGAGAUGGAAAUUGAAGAGCUGACAGGAAAACUUCAAGUGAUGAGGCAUCUUGGAGAUGAAGAUGAUGAUGCAGUGCAAAAUAAAAUUAAAGAGAUGAAUGAAGAAUUACAACAGAAGCAAGAUGAGAUGUCUAGUUUGGAAGAUUUAAACCAAGCACUCAUCAUCAAAGAGAGACAAAGCAACGAUGAACUGCAAGAAGCUCGGAAAGUACUAAUUUCGGGCUUGACUGAUAUGCAAUUUAGUUCUCGGGCUCAUAUUGGGAUAAAAAGAAUGGGAGAUAUUGAAAUGAAGCCUUUUCAUGCUGCAUGCAAGGGAAAAUAUCCAGUUUCUGUCGCAGAAAUGAAAUCAUCGGAAUUGUGCACCUUGUGGCAGGAAAAGUUGAGAAAACCGGAGUGGCAUCCAUUCAAGGUCAUUCAGACUGAAGAUGGAAACCAUGAGCAAAUCAUAGAUGAAAACGACGAGGAACUUAAAACUCUGAGGGAGGAGUGGGGAAAUGACGUUUAUGAAGCUGUGGGAACUGCCUUAAAAGAGAUGAAUGAGUAUAACCCAAGUGGUAAUUAUGUGAUUUCCGAGCUAUGGAACUACAAAGAGAAUAGGAAAGCAACACUAAAAGAAGUUAUUUCACACAUCCUCAAGAGUUUGAAGACACUAAAGCGAAAGAGAACAUGAACAAGUAGAGGUUUGUAUUGAUCGAUCUCCUUUGGUUAUUAACUAUUUGUGUUUCAUAGCUAGAACAGAUGCAAUUGUCAUUUCAUUAUUCAGAUUAUUGUUAGUUUAAGAAAGUUAUCCCGUCUUUUAACGUAGUGUCGGCGAGGCAUGAAAAUGCGAGAUUAAAGGCAAAAGGAUUUUUCAGUUGCAGGUAUGGAGAGAUCUAUGUAACUUGAUAUUGUUUCCAUUUGAAUGGUUCCCAUGACUAAUGAAUUGUUCAAGAUUUGUAAGAAUUUUUAAUUUGAGUUUUUAUUAGACGUUUUCUAUUCAUUACUACUAUUACAU